GCUGAACCAGCAGUUUAAAAAUUUUAGCCUAGCCAUAAGUCUUCAUGUUUAAAUCAGAUUUGUGAUUCAUUCAGCAAAACUUAGUUGAUUUGCAUUUUUUCUCUUCUUUUGUGCAUUAAUUUGAAAAUUUUCUCCGUUCUAAUAAGCAAUAGCUAGAAAAAAUGGAUAUUGUGAACCUUGUGAGUGACGAGGAGAAUGAAUCCUUAGAGUUUAAUAUUCUAAAAGAAGAUUAUAAAGUUGAAAGAUCUCAAUCGGUUAUAAUUCUCAGGGAAAAAAGGGACAAUCAAAAGCAGCUUAGAAGUGAAAUCUCUGACAAUGUGAUAACACAGAAGGAUGAUUUGGAAGUAUUUACAAUAUCAGACACAUCGGAAGAUGAGGAUGAUAUUUAUGUGUGUCCAGAAUGUAGAAAGGAAUACAACGGAGAGCAGUAUUUAGAGAGACAUAUGAAGAGAGAACAUAAUCUCAAUGCAGAUGAUUACAAAGUAUUCGGAGUGAAACUACAGUAUCGUAAGAACGAUUAUACAUUUCAAUCUUCCGAGGAAAAAUGUGAUAUUUGCCGGAAGAAAUUCAUCAACAAAGAAAUUCUUUCCAAGCAUAUCAAGGAAGUUCAUUUUGGAAUUAAGCAAAAGGACCAGAAGAAACGAUCUAAUGAAGAUGAUCAACGAUUCCAGUGUUUUAUAUGUUGUAAGAUUUUUCAAUACAAGGCAUACUUACAGAGACAUAUGCUCCAACAUAAUUCAAAAAGAAUCCAUAAAUGCUCAAUGUGCGGUUUGAAGUACAUAUAUAAAUAUUUACUAAAUCGACACAUUCGAAAGCAUCAGAAGGGAGAAUUAAAUGCAAAAUGUCCAUACUGCAAUGGAAACUUUACGGGACAACAAGGCGUAAAGAGGCACAUACAGCAUUCUCACAAAGACUUAAUUAAUAAUAUUAAACAGGAGCACUCGUUAUUGCUAAUUCCCUAAAUUCUAUCAAGUCAAUUUAUUCAUAAAAAAAAGUCAGCUGUACUUAUAGAAAAAAAAAUGAAGUAUUUCCAUUCAAAGGAAUUAAUAAAAUUCACGAUAUUUUUACCGCAUGUUUUAACAGA